AAUUUUUAACAUCCAGUUGCAUCCCUCGCGUUUCGCUUCACACUUUUUUGAAGAAGACUCAAGGAAACGCUAGCAAUUCAUCUCGAUGCCAUUAGUAAAUAAACUCAGAGUACAUCCAGAAUUUCAUAUACAGUUUCUAGGUGACAGAAUCGCCAGAGGUUUAUAUCCACCAUGUCAAAGGCAACCAAACGCAAGCACGUAGUCAAAGAAGUUCUGGAGGACUGUGUCACACCCACUGAAGACCAGCAUAUCAUGAGGGUCUUGGGAAGUAAUGGCAAUAACCUCCAUGAAGCUGUGACUGGCAGCGGCGAGCGCUUCCUUGUCAGUAUGCCUACUAAAUUCCGCAAGAACAUCUGGAUCAAACGAGGAGACUUUGUCAUUGUUGAUCCCAUUAAAGAAGGAGGGAAGGUGAAAGGAGAAAUAAGCUUCAUACUUUACAGGGACCAUAUUCAGUACCUGAGAAAACUUGGUGUCUGGCCAGAAGGAUUCCAGGAGGAUCGCACAUCCAGUGAGAGGAAUGAGGGAACACCGAAAGAAAGAAGUGAAAGAAAAACAGAGGAGGAGGGUGACAGCGACUCUGAGGAUGAUGACAGCGAUCUUUUUGUAAACACCAAUCGUGCCACUGUUCUCUACAGUGAGAGUGAGGAAGAGACUGAUGAAGAUGAGGACGAUGAAGGUGAUGAUAAUGAAGAGGAAGAAGAUGAAGGAAGAGCAUAAAACUGCAAAUGAUACUGGAAGGUGCUCCCACCACAGCAUGACCAAGAACAGUUGUAUAUGAAUCUUAAUUGGGCUUAAAAACCUGGAAAACUACACUGAUGCCUGACUGAGCUAAUUUUGCAUUGAAUGAUUUCUCUCUGAUGGCUUUCGGAAGUUUCUGCUUUAGUUUAAUUUGUUUGAAAUCUCAGACACAUUUUGUUUCAUUAAAAGAAACAUUGUAUAUUAUAAUUAUUGUAAAUACCGUGUUGUAAUAAACUUUGUUUUGUACACUUGUUGUUUUGCCCACAAGUUUUAGCUGGUUUAAUACUCAAAGAAGUACAGGGUUUCUGUGGGUCGUAAAAAGUCUUAAUUCACACUUUCACAGAUCAAAUUAAAGCCCUAAAAGGGUCAUCAUUUGAAACAAAGUCUUAAAAGUAUAAAGUUAAGGCAUUAAAUGUUG